AUGAAAUUUCUGCUCUUUCUUUUGAUUGGUCUUUUCGUCGGAGCGUCAGGACUGGGAUAUGAUCGUUCGGGGGAUAUAUGCAAUAUGAAGGAAGAUGGUGGACCAUGUAAAUCUCUCCAGACAAGAUGGAGAUGGGACUUCAGGAAAAAGCGCUGCGUAAAAUUUUCUUACGGUGGUUGUGAAGGCAACGGCAAUAGAUUUGACUCAAGAGAUGAAUGCAUGGCUAGAUGUGCUGGAGAAGCUCGAGGAACAAAAAACAAGAAUAACAAAAAAGACUGA